CAUGGCGAUCACAUGAGAGCUUGACCUGGUUACCGGAGGGGCAUAAGAACCCAUCGAUCUGCUCCCUCAAUCCUGUCUUGAAGGACUCUCUACUUCACUACCAAGCUCAUCUAUAACACUACAAACCCAUUGACUUUAUACACCACCCCCAAACCCACACCAAAUUACUCAAGAUGUUCGGAUUCGGAGAAGCCAAGGAGCACCGCGAUGCCGUCUACGAGGGCCAGCACGAGGGCAAGCUCUCCCACGAGAUCGUCGCCGGCGGCGCUGCCUUUGAGGCCAUGAAGCUGUUCGAGGACCGUCAGCGCAAGAACGGUGAGCCCGUCAAGCACCAGUUCGCCAAGGAGAUGAUUGCUGGCAUCGCUGGCGCCGAGGUCGACAAGCUCUUCGAGACCAAGGGCCUGGACUACAUCGACCGCGAGAAGGCCAAGAGACACGCUGAGAAGCAGGCCGAGCACCUCUACCAGGAGCAAUAUGGCGAUAUGAACGAGUACAACCCUGAGCAGCGUGGACGCCACGAGCGCAUGGACUACUAGAAAGUGUGUGUGUAUUAUCAACGGCCGGAUAGAUAUACUAUGAUGAAAUGAAAUCUAAUUGAAG